UUGGGUGUGGGUGAGGGGCCCAGUGUGGAAUAAUUUUGCUCCCCCCGUGUUUAAUUCCUUAUGUCUAGCCUGGCUAUACAUGUUAACAACCCCAAAGGAGAGCAAAUAGCUAUCUUAGGGAUGCAAAAUGAGUGCCAGAAUCUAUCCAGCAUAAGGCUGCAGGUUAAACCCUAAUAAAGUAUGUGUAAAGAAGGUCGAUUGAGGAUGGAUUUAUUGGUGAUAUUGUCCAUCCAUCCACCUGCUGAAGGAUGCUGGGCUGUGUGAGGAUGGGAGGGAGGAGGAGGAGGAAGAGGAGGAGGUGGGACGUCACGCUGUGCACGCUCGCGGCCUGCCGCUGCAACGCGGAAGCGAGUCUCCACGUCACUGAGGUGUAACACUGGCGUCAGUGCAACACAAGGUGCUACCUCAGUACGGUUUGUUACCAUUGUACACUUCCACAGACCCUCGUGUCGGUUAUAAUAACUCAAAGCGGAUAUUUAUAUUCAGCUGUUCCUGCUCUGAGCGGCACCGACAGAGACACCGGAGUCUUCUUCACUGAAGAUCGAUCCACUGCCUCAGCUUCUAGAUGGGUGAAUCCGGCUCACGCCGCUCCACCCUCGUGUCCCGCCUGCCAAUCUUCCGCCGCAGCAGCAGUAAGAGGCAGGACUCUCUCCCGUCCUCUCCCUCUUCAGGCGGACAGGGCAAUGGCGUCCACACCUCUUCGCCCUCUAGCACCAAUUCCAGUUCUGGCAGCACCGGGAAACGCCGGAGCCUCUUCCGCACUCCGUCCCUCAGUUUCUCAGCUAAACGGAAUAGCGAUCCACGUGUUCAGCCUAUCAACCUUAACCUCACACCCCCGCUGACCCAGAGCACUGACGCGAACGGAAAUAACCAGCAGACAAUAACGACGUCAUCGUCGACAGGCUUCAGUGAAGGCGGCGGACGCCCCAAGUCACGCCACUCGUUCGGGUUUGGCAGCCACAAGCAAAAGAAAAUCACACGCUCUCAGACUGAGGAUUUUGAAAAGGCGUCUUCUUCCUCCUCCACAACCAAUCGUAAUGUAUUUAUAAACUGUAUCAGUGGCUCAGGGGCCAAUGAGGGCGACGACUCCGGGUUCCUCGAUGACUACAGUGGUGGCAGCAAUAACAACAAACGGUCGUCACGGAAGAAGCAGCUGCUGCCCAAAUCUUUCUCAGCUCACCACCGCUUUUCCCGCACCUCCGAUCACCACAGACCUCCAGAAGUGAAUCUGGAGCCUCCAAGCUCUACCACCAUCACUCCCGGCGCAGGAGGGCUCACCCCGGGGUCAUGGCCAGGCGAGCUGCUUGGUGCCGGCGGUGAGAGCUCACUCCAGUCCCCUAUGAUAUCAGAGGACCGAACCACCGCCAUCACUCCUUCAGAGUUCAUCCCCAUCACGGAGGAUUCUGUAUCUGAGGUGGAUGCUCUGCCAGCUCCCAGCCCUGGAUCUGGUUUAACCCCAGGACCUGUCUCUAUGCCUGGGCUGGCUGUUGACACUGCUCCACCUGAACCUCCACCUGCUCCAGAGAACUUCAGCGUGGCUGUCUCUACCUCCCAGGUUUUCUUCACUCCGGUCCAGUCCAGCGCUGAGAAACCUCUACUCCCCGACACCAGCACAGCAAACAACACAGACUAUGAGACUGCCAUUUCCCUCUCAGAGCCUGAGACAGCCGUACCCUGCCUACCUCUGCGGGAACAAUCACUGGAAGAGAGGAAGGAGAGGGAGGAGGAGAGAAAGGAAGCGAGGGCCGAGGUGUCACCAGAGGAGAGGAAGAAGGUGGCGGAGGAGAGGAAGACAGGAUACCACACAGAGACCACAAGUGAGAGCGAGGCAUGUGUGGUACGCAGCGAGGGCUGCCACUCUAACCCCGAGCAGUCGGAAAGGAGGGCGAGAAACACGCGCUCUAUUCAAGAAAGAGGAAGCUUCUGCGGCUGCCACGAACCGAGGUCCUCUCAUCUGAGGAAACCACACGCAGCCUCUCUGUGCAGCAGUGUCAGCCCCUAUCAUGAGGUGAUGCGGAUGGAAAGGCGUCUUCGCUCCUCAUCGGAGGGGGCUGGUGGGCCUCGUAUCCAUGGAAACCACAGAGAUGCCCCGGGCAUGGAGGGAUGUGGUCUGCUGAAACACAGAAACAACUCUUCCUCAUCCAAAAUGGGAAGUCUGGAUGUUUUAAACAACCUGGGCUCGUCAGAGCUGGAUGAAGAUGAUCUUAUGUUGGACCUGGACCUUUCGGAUGAUCAGCGACAUCGACAUGUGUCCAGAGAAGACUCCAGCCAGUCCCUGGCCUCCUGUCUCAACCUGCUCCACUCCCCCAUGGACCCAUCAGGAGAUCGCAUCCCAGGGAGAGAAAACAAUCAAAGGGAGCCCAGCCGUCCAACCAGCCUGCUGCCUGCUGACUGGAGCUCGGGGCUGGGUUUAGGGAGGGAAGAUGAACCCUUACCAUCAGGACUGGAGACCCUUCCAUUCCGACUGAUGCAGCAGGACUGUACUGCUGUCAAAACCCUGCUUUUAAGACUGAGACGGACGCUGCAGGAGAGCACAGAGACGAGUCCUGCCAGCAGCCUCCAGUCCCUACCCAUCAGCCCCUGCAGUGAGAAGUCCCUUCCAUUUAAGGAACCUGGCAGAGAGGAGGCCUUGCUGCAACAACUGAGAGAGAAAGACGAGCUGAUUCUCAGACUUCACAGUGAACUGGAGAGUGCCAAAGCUGCCCUGAAGAUGAAAGACUGCCAAAUGACUGACCGCGCAACACAGACAGAGCACAUGGGGCCAGAGACCAGUCAUCCAGGCCGGUGGUCAGGACUAGGCAGCAGCAGCAGCCUGGCUUCAAGGGACCGAAGGGUAGCGCGGGGUGUGGGGGCACCACUCGGAGGGGACCUCUGUAACCAGCACCUCCCCCACCACUAUCCACCUCUGCACGGCCGGCCUCCUGCCUCUGAACGACACACUGCCAGGGAGGAGCGCCACUGCCAGGGAGUCUUGGCACAGCCCACAGCCCGUAACCCUACUCCAAAUCUGGCUCCAGGCUCUUCCAACUCGUCCUGUGCCACUUCUGCAGUGUCAGCCCAAGCCUCACUUACUACUCCAGCCCUGCUUCAAGUUUCACACCCGGGCCUUGGUCCAAAUCAAUGCCUAGGCUCCAGCUCAGCAGCUGCUAAUCACUCCGCAAUUCCAUCUCUGUCCUCCAGGCAACCAGAGGGGGUGUCCUCCUCUUCUGAGUCCUUAAUUUCAGGAGGAGGAGGUGGGGUGAGUCUGUCAGGUGGGGCGAGGAGAGGAGGAGGAGAGCACCACCCCCUGAGCCAUAUCCCUCGCGCAGUUGGAGCGAGCGCCUCCUCAAGCCUCCACAGUCUCGCAAGCAGAGGGAGCCCCUCCCCAAGCGUCUCAUCGUCCAUCCAAGCCUCCCCUCCACCUGCUAAUCCUUCCCCAGCCUCCUCCUCCUCUUCCUCCUCCUCCUCUUCCACGUUUACGGGUCGUUUAGGACAACCACCUCGAGGCCCUCUGUCUCUGCAUAGCUACAGUCGUAAAAAUGUCUUCCUCCAACAUUCCCUACAGACUGCCGAACUGCAAGCUCUGACGCAGAGAGACAGUUGAGGGCGCACACACAUUGACACCAUCCAUAUUGACUUGAGCGAGAAAUGUGUGACUUUGUAGAGAAACUGCUGCUCCUUUGGUACAAGUUGCUUGUGUUUCACUGUCCUAGUUCCCCCUGAAUCCAUCAACCACAUGCGCUUACAAUCACGCCUGUCUCUCUUUACAAUUCAGACCAAACCUUCGCUGACAUUUUGUUCUUAGAUUUGCUCGUUUAAACACACUCAUAUGCAAGGUCACACACACACACACACACACACACACACACACAUAUCAAGCUGUGGGUAUGAAAAAGGCACUCACCCGUCUAUCAGAACUCCCACGUUGUGUCACGCUGACAGUUUAGAUGUGCUUACGCCCACAGACACACAAAGUGCACAGAGACUCGUAUCCAUGCACACAUACAGAUCACAGUCGCACACACUUAGAAACACACUCUUACACAGAGACAUCAUCUGUGAUAUCUCUGCCUCACAAUCUGCACAAAUAACAGGGUGUUGAAACUGAAGGCAGAGAUGAGGUUUGUAUUUGUGUUGUUAAAGAUUUAUUUUUAUCCAUUUAUUUGAUUAUUUUUUAAAAGUGAAACCAUGUGCUGCUCAAUGAACUAUGGGGCUGCCCAUCAUUUGCGCUGGUGAAAAUACACUGUCACAUUGCCAAAUCCCACAUCAGAUCAACUCUUCAUUCCGCGAUGUCCGCUGACAGAAGUCCAGAUGACAAGACAUCCACAUCCACAACCCUUUUACUGCAUGCUUUUUAAAAAUUAAGGAGAAUACAGGUGAGCAUUUUAUACCGCAACAAAAGCAGGACCUGGGUGACUUUUAAAGUCUUUUAAUAACGUUUCAGUAUCAACUCUCGAGAAGGGAUUCAAACAUGCCAGAACCUCCGACCAAGACAUGAGCCUGUUGAGUGUUUUGAGAAGUAAACGUUUAUCCUUCUGCUCACAUACGCCGAUCAGCCACAACAUUAAAACCACUGACAGGUGGGACCUGCUGGUAACCCCAAAUGUCCUGUGUCCAUGCCUCGACAGCUCAGAGCCAAGUGCGAUCGACAGUGGGGCCUCCUUCAGUGUCCCGUAUUGGCACCAGGGUGUUGGCAGUAGAUCCCUUGAGUCCUGUGGGUUGAGAGGUGGGGCCUCCAUGGGUCAGACUUGUCUUGGCACGUCAUGUGAAUGCUCAAUUGGAUUGGGAUCUGGGGAAUUUGGAUGCCAGGUGGAUGCCUUGAGCUCUUUGUCUUGUUUCUCAGGCAAUUCCUGAGCAGUUUUUGCAGCGUGGCAUGGUGCAUUAACCUGCUGGGUGGGCCACUGCCAUGGGGAGUGCUGUUGCCAUGAGGGGUGCAUGUCAAGUGGCAUCUAUAUGAAUGUCAGAACCCAAGGUGUCCCAGGAGAACAUUGGUUUGUAACAAGAUGAUCAAUGUUAUUCACUUCACCUGUCCGUGGUUCUCAUGUUGUGGUUGAUUCGUGUGUAUAAGACAUUAGAAGUACCUUUGGCUUAACACUGGACCACAGUUUUUAUACAAGUGCAAUGUUGCAAUAUUACCCACAAUAUAUAUAAGAGAAAUGUGUAUCUGCAAUGUUAGAUUAGUACAGUACAGAAGUGAAGAGUGUCAUUCCAAAAUGAGAGGUCUGCCAUUUGAAUAAUUUGGCAUUUAUAAAGACAAAAUUACACUUUAGUAACUCAAAAUCAAAACACAUCAGACAACGAGAAAGAAUAGAACAAGAUCUGGCACAACCAGCAUUAUGUAUUUUUUCCACAAUGGGAAAGAAGUAUCAGUUUUUUUGGAAUGAAGCUCUUCAAAUCUUCUUUGGGGCUGGGUAUUGAAGUGGGAUACCUACUGGUGUUUUGCUAAAUGACAGAAUCAAUAUCCAUUUUAAGGAUUUAAAAGGAAAGAUGUUUCAGAUAUUGGUGUUACAGUUAGCUGACCUGCUUUCUAUGACAGUUUUAGUGGCGCAUCAAUGGAGUAGAGUCUGAUUCUGUCUGGGGAAGCAAGCGGCAGAACAAAUGUUGCACAGAAAGUUGUUUACUUGAUCAAAUAAUGAAAAGAAAGAUACAGAAAGCAUGAGUUUCCAAACUGCCCCAUUUGGAAAAGCAUCAGCUCUAAGGUUUUCCACUGAUACCCAGUCCUUAUGUGCUAGCCUUUUUUAUCUUCCUGAUCUCAGAUGUGUUGGCUAUCUCUUACCUAAUGAGAUGGCACUUGGUAUAGAAAGGCUAGCAAUUACGUAGUUUUUGGACAGUAGGACUCAUACCUUUUGAUUGAGAUUUAUAUUGAAACUGCCAUGACCUGCUGAGUCGUACAUUAUUAACACUUUGGGGACAACAUGUGUCACAAUUUGAUAAGUGAGAAAACCGAAAAUGUUUUUUUUUUUUUUUUUUUAGAUCUGUGAACAACUGGGCUGCAUACCACCCUCCUCAAUCUGCCAGUGUUGAAUAUAUUUGCUCUGUUGAGCUGAAUAGACUCCCGAACAGCCUUUUCUUUCCACACAGGCUUUGGGGUAAACAAAUCUUGUAAUGUCAACUGGGAGGUGGGGGAGCCUACGCUGCUGCUAAGUACAGGCCAGAAGUUCACAGCUCCCGGCGUCUACAGAAAAUGUUAGAAUCUGGAAAAAGUUGUUGACCUUGUCUGUCUCUAAACGGCACCUGGCUGUAGGGAGGUUGUAUAAAUUGUGUGUGUGUGUUGUAAUGCACACCUCAUGAGGCAAGGACCUGAUAGAGGUGAAGAAAAGCCUGCAGGAAGACAGCUCCUCUCCCACUGGUGGUAACUACGAGUUUCCCUCUGGCCUGUUUCACUUACACAUGAUUUCCUCUCUUUUCAUACCCCCUUUUCCCCUCUGUCUUCUCUCUCUGUCCCUAUUUAUUUCUCCACCCUAUUUUCCAUCUGUCUACUCCAGUCUCUCCCUAUACAUUUGCCUCCUUCUAUCCCCUAGCAUUCUACUCUACUGCAUGCAAACUCUGUAGCUCCUUUUGUUCCUGGCCUCUUUUUCAAUCUGUUAUCUUCCUUCCCCCACUAUCAUGUCCCAGGUCUCUCCCUCCCUCCAUCUCUCUCCCCUGCUCAGCGUACUUAUCCAGAGCUUGUAUUGUCAUACAGUGUAUCUGUAACAAACUCUGUUGCCGUGGCUCUCAGUCCUGGGCACUGGGGCCUGAUUUUCAUUCCAGCUGUCUAAUUGGGGAGUCAUUUUCCACCUGGUGAAUGCAAUUAACUACCUGGUAGUGUAGAUGGCCAGCAGUAAUGUGGCUCCGGAGGACCCAGACUGAGAACCGCAGCUCUAAUGUGAACUAAACAUUCCCUGUUUGGUUUGUUUACAUGUCGAGGGUGACAAUGCUGUGUCGCUGGCUGACCUCUUAAGAAAUACUAUUUACAUCCCCAGUCAACGCCUGCAUCGUAAUGUCGUUGAUGCUAUGUGAAAUGUCAUAAGGGACUAUUGGACUAUUUGCACUGCCCACUCCGAUAUUUCUUUUCACCGUGUUUCAAAUGGCUGUGCUCAUUUUAGCUGUGUUCAAAUCAGGCGGCAACCUCAGAGGCUGAAAAAUGAAGACAACGUGGAAGUGCCAAAAACUGCAGUUCCUCAAAUGGCCACUGGAGGCUGCCUCCAAAAGUGAGUAAGUCCCCCAGUUUUGGUCUCUAUAGCUAAUUUCCGGGUUCAUGACUACUGUGCAUGAGGUAAAUUUAUAUAUAACUCACCCAUUUACAUUUUAUUAAGGCUUAAGGUAAUUCACAAAUCGGAUGUGGGUGCUUUGAGUGGCAGGCUGUCUGUGAGGCAUCACCGCCAUCUUUGAGUCAGAUCCACCCCUCCCUAUGGUCACUUCUGGCUUCAAAAAUCCAAGAUGGUGACAGCCAAAACGCCAAAUUUAAGGUUUCAGAACAGGAAAUUACAAACCCGUAGGUGACGCCACGGUGUCUAUGUUCAUUAUUUUUUAUAUAAUCUGUUGCUCAAAUUGGAAAUCACAACGGUAGGCUGCUGGUUAUGAGACAUAUCAUUAAAGGGACAAAGCCACAUCUGAGCUGAUGGCUCAAAUGUGGCUCUGAGGUCUAACUAAGACACUUUUGCUUGUGUAAUUGUCGGAGUGAACUGAUAUUGAAUUUCACUGCUGGGAAACGAGGGUUUGCAAUCAUGAAGUGGGCACACCUCACAAACCUCAAUUCUUCAUUUUACUUGGCGGCAUGUUGUGCAUUUAAGACACAUUUCAUUUGUUGGGAAGUUAUUUAUUGUUUUCUGCCUUAUUUAUAUUUAUUGCCAUAGAAUCAGUUUCCUUAAAGCAUCCUGGCACUAACAGAUAAAGGUAGUGGUCAUUAAAUGACAAUUAUAAUCAUGAUGUUAUUAUUAUUAUUAUUAUUUUAAUGAAUCACAUAUAUUAAACUGUCCUAGCUUUUUAAUGUGCUUAUUGUAAUUAUGUUUUGUUUUUUUUCUUUAUGAACUGCUGUAAUAAUGAAAUUGAGCUGUAUAUUUGUACAUAAUUUAUUGUAACUGUUGAUGUUCACUGUUCAUGAACACGAACAAUUCAUGUUCAUGUUAAUGACACGUAAAGGGACAGUUUUCCUCAAAAUCAAAAAUACAUUUUCCCUCCUACCUGUAGUGCUAUUUAUGAAUCUAGAUUGUUCAGGUGUGAGUUGCCAAGAGUUGGAGAUAUCGACCGUACACGGUAUUGGGAAGUAACAAGUUACAUGUAAUUCAAAUACAAAAUAAAUUUAAUCAGUUACUGAAAAAAACCAACAAAAAAAACCAUAUGUAAUUGAAUUACAGUUACUAAUCAAAAUGUUGGUGGUAACAAAGAGGUUACAUCCAAAUAUAUUAUUAUUGGGAAAAUGUUUAUAUGUAGGAUGUAACAUUUAUUCUGUUGCCUGACAUCUUUUUGCCAUGUUGGGAUGCCUUCUUUCGGCAUAGACUAUUUCAGGACAUUUUUCUUUUCAGCCCAGUUCAAACCAUUUGUUAGAAAAGUCAUCAGAAAGUAAUCAGAUUUAGUAAGUUUCCGGUAUAUUACUUUAAGUUUUAAAAAGAGUUGCAUUGCUUAUUACAUUUUUGACAGGGUGACUUGUAAUCUAUGACCAAUUACAUUUCAAAAGUAACCUUCUCAACACUGGCUGUUGAGAUGUCGGUCUUCUCUUGAAUAUAAUGGAACUAGAUGGCACUUGGCUUGUGGUGCUCACAUUUGAAAAACUCAACAGCAAUGUCUCUUUCCAGAAAUCAUGACCCGGUUACUCAAAAUAAUCCACAGACCUUGUUGUGAGCAGUUUCAUGUAGGAACUAUUUUCUCUCUACCAAAGUACACCCGUUAACCUUAUCAUCACGCAGAAGGAAGUGUGCAUCUACUCAUGUACAGGAGACUCGGCGGCAUCCUCCUGAGCUGGACUGUAACAUUCGCUGAGCCAGCAGUAGACCCAAGUUUCCUUCCAGUUGGUGGGUGUAGUUCAGUAGAAAGAAAAUAGUUCUUGCAUGAAACUGCUCACAACAAAGACUUACAAUUAUUUUGAGUAACCAGGUCAUGAUCUCUGGAAAAAUACAUUGCUGUUGAGUUUUUCCAAAUGUGUUUAUCUAUAAAUUUUUGGCACUUUGAGCACCACGAGCUGAGUGCCAUCUAGUUCCAUUAUAUUUAAUAGAAGGUAGACGUCUCUACAGCUGAUAUCUCAAUAACACUCGACACCUCACACCAAAACAAUCUAUAAAUGACACUACAUGUAAGGAAAAGGAAAAACAUGUAUUUUUAAAUUGGGGGUCUGCACUGUCUCUUUAAGAAUAACGUUCACAGACAUUGUUUGUUGGCUAAUAACAAAUUUAAACACAACAAGAAAAUUUGUCAUUGACAAAUGUCAGAUGCAGUCGGAGGUCUGAGCUUUUACCAAAGUGUUUGAGGCUGUAGUGACACAUCAGAAAACAAUCUGACAAACGUGUUUAACUGUGAACCCGUGCCAGUUUGUUCAUGUAAGGGCCAGUUGACUUGCUUAUAUAGGUGUCGGGUCACUUAAUCAACUUUUCCCUCUUUGAAAUCCAGCCUUUGCACUAUGACUAUUCCUGCUUGAGAUUACUUUGAAAGACAUGACUUUGCCUAACUGUGUCCAAAAGGUGGAUGACGAUCUAUUAAAGCUGCUUUUUCAUUUGUGUCUAUGUAACACUGUUGGGUAGACUCUCACUGUGAGCCUCUGACCUGGUAGCUCAUAUAUUUAUAAGGGGGUUUUCCGAACACAUCUGUCUUCAUAGAGUUGUUUUUCACUUUACAUGGUCCUGACCAGUUUUGAAAUUUCAUCUGUUUGUUAGAAACUGUUUGUUGGGCUCAUCUGUGGUUAAAAACCUUGCAGUGUGUGUUUACCCAAAGGUAUUUUUCUUCAGUUUCUGUCCAACAUAUAUUUUUUUGGGUCACUCUCACAGUUGUUUAUUCACAUGAAAAAUGUUUUAUCAAAUGAUUUUUGUCCACUGUCUCCUUAUUGUUAAUAUUUAAUACAAAUAAAAUUAAUGAAAACA